AUGAGGGCUUUGAUCCUGCUGGUGUCCUGCAGCUUCAUCAGCGCUCAGCCUCGGCCCUGCGCUCUGCUGGUGUCGGCCCGUCUCCACACACAGACUGUGGUCGCUAAUGCGAUACUUAGUCAGGAGCUUUCUCUGGCCAUAGUUACUGAUAUCAGUCAGACGGCCGCUGAUGGGAUCAUAACCUCGGCCGCCACAUACUCGUAUGAUGCUCGCGCUCAGCAGAUCCGCUUCAGGAACCACAUGACCAUCUAUAACGAGACCAUCCCGAUGGACCUGCUCAUGCACUUCAGACAGGGCAUCCUGUAUGAGAUCGAUUACUCGCGCCUGCACUGCGAGAAGAAGGUUCUGGAGACCCGGUUCCACCCGACGCGGGUCCCGGCCGACGCCUCGUUCAUGGGUCAGGUGAUCCUGGGAACUGGCUCUGUUCCGGGUCUGGGUCUGCUGACCAACUCCUGGGUCGGGGAGAUUCCUGAGAUCCAGGCUCAGUACAUGUUGACCUUCACUGAGUUCACGUGUCUGCCGGUCAGCGCGUCGGUCUUCACUCCACAGACCGGAUGGAUCACCAUGAGCUUCUACAAUCAUCUGCUGGGCGUUCAGAAUCCUCAAGACUUCAUCCCGCCCUUCUUCUGUCCCGCUUCGGCUCAGAACCAACACUUACCCAAGACCAACUUCCUGAAGGCCCUGCGGCCGUACCAGUGAAGA